UGUAUGAUAUCCAACUUUUGGCUUUCUUAUCAUCUUUAAUCCUCUCAAUUACUUCAUCCACUGUUUGUGAUCUCUGGUAUUGGUCCAAUAAAAAACUAGCCAAUUUCAAUAUCCAUUUCUCAUCUUCUGCAUAACCAUCACAAUCAUCUUCAUAUAUAUUUCUCUAUUUUUCUUUUCUUUCUUUCAAUGUUUUAAAUUUCAAACAAAAGAAAAAAGAUUUCUCUUCAUUAUUAACCACAUGCAAAGAAAAUAUUAUCAUUAAAUUCUUUAGUCAUCAUUCUCAGAUAUAUCUUAUAACAAGUUAUCAAGUUUUGCAGAUAUAUUUUUUAAUUUCAGAAAUUCCUCCUGAGGGGUGUUAUAGAGUUAUCCAAUGAUGGCGUCAAAGCCUAUCAACAUUCCUCAUAGGAGUACCAAUAGUUUAUCAGAAAAAUCUCACAAGACAGAUCCAAGUUGUGCAAAUGAUCACACAGAAAAUGAUGAUACCAGAAAGGUGAAUAACCAAGAAGCAAUUGAAAACAAUGAAAAGAAAACUACAAGUAAAGAUUCAUCAUCGUCAUCAUCAUCAUUUUCACCAUCUAUGCCUCAAAAGUUAGAAACACUAAUGAGAAACUUGUCUGAAUUUUCCACUUCUCCAAGACAAAAUCCAAGAAGAAUGGUUUCAAAGAGUGCAGCAAGUUCACGUAGUGAUAGUUUAGAUAGCACAAGUAGUUCACAUAAUAAGCCACACACAGGAGGCGAUGUGAGAUGGGAUGCAAUCAACAUGGUUUCAAAAGGGUCAAAUUGUAGUCUCAACUUCAGUCACUUUAGGCUUGUGAAACGUGUUGGUUAUGGUGACAUUGGAAGUGUUUAUCUUGUUGAGCUUAAAGGAACAGGAACAUUCUACGCCAUGAAAGUUAUGGAUAAGGCUUCCCUUGCUAGCAGAAACAAGCUUCUUAGGGCACAGACUGAGAGGGAGAUUCUUGGACUUCUUGAUCAUCCUUUCUUACCAACCUUGUAUUCUUAUUUUGAAAAUGAAAAGUAUUACAGUUUGGUUAUGGAGUUUUGUAGUUGUGGUAGUUUGCAUUCACUCAGAUUGAAGCAACCCAAUAGGCAUUUCACUGAAGAGGCUGCAAGGUUUUAUUGUUCAGAGAUUCUAUUAGCACUGGAGUAUCUCCACAUGUUAGGAAUAGUAUACAGAGAUUUAAAACCAGAAAACGUUCUAGUCCGGGACGAAGGCCACAUAAUGCUAUCCGAUUUCGACUUAUCCCUCCGUUGUUCUGUUAACCCUACGCUCGUAAAAUCCUCCUCCGCACACGUAACCACCACAUCCAUGGGAAUCCUAGAUGACGAAAACGUUGUCCAGGGUUGCAUGCAGCCAUCAAGUUUCUUCUUCCCGCGGAUCCUCCCCUACAAGAAAAACAGAAAAUCAAAAUCAGAUUUCGGUCUCAUAGGCGGCCGUCUUCCAGAACUAAUGGCCGAACCAACGAAUGUCCGAUCAAUGUCGUUCGUUGGUACUCACGAGUAUCUCGCCCCGGAGAUCGUCCGCGGUGAAGGACACGGAAGUGCAGUUGAUUGGUGGACAUUUGGGAUAUUUUUAUACGAGCUUAUAUACGGAACAACACCGUUUAAAGGUAAUGGAAACCGUGCUACACUUUUUAACGUUGUUGGACAGCCAUUAAGGUUUCCUGAACAUCCUUCAGCUAGUCCAGUUGCACGAGAUCUUAUUAGAGGGUUGUUGGUGAAAGAACCUCAUAAGAGAAUUGCUUAUAAAAGAGGUGCAACUGAGAUUAAACAACAUCCAUUUUUUGAAGGGGUUAAUUGGGCUUUGAUUCGCAGUUCUAGUCCUCCUAUUAUACCUGACACGUUUGAUUUUAGUCAGUAUCUUAGUAAAGAAGCUGUUGUUGUGGCAGCUGCUGUUGAUAAGAAGGUUGUUGAUAAAAAUGAUGAUAGUAAGAUGAAGCAUGAUUCUUCUUACGAAGAUUUUGAGUAUUUUUAGGUUUCUAGAUUUUGUUCUUUUAUAUAAAGAGAUUUUGAAAGGU